AUGGAGUUGGACAUGGAUAAAAGCGAUCCUAUGCUCAAGAAAAAAUCAAGUCGUUCAAGUGUGGCACCGGUCUUGAAAUGGAAAGUAUUGACUAUAGUCUUUGUCGUGAUUAGCGUUGUGCUGCUUAUUGCUUUGAUAGUAGUAGCUACAAGGCAGACCAAAGCUAAAGCAGGACCAAAGCAAAACAAAAGUCCAGAUUACAGAAGGAAUUCCUCUGUACCUUCAUGCGCAGAUGGAAUGUCAAAGCCUUCUGAGCCACCUAAGUCCGCCGGUGUGUUUGAUGACCUUACAGUCGAAGAAAUUACCUCCGUUAGAGAUUAUCUUUUGAUGCAAGCUGAACUAAACCUCACCAGAUAUGAUCAAGCUUCUAUAGAUAGCAAUUACAUCUAUCUUAUACAGUUGCUGCCUCCCUCAAAAGAUGAGGCUCUUGCAUACCUUGAUGGAGAUGGUGCCAAGCCUGAAAGGAAAGCUAUUGCGGUCGUAUUUCACGGUGCUACUGACCCACCAGUGGUAAGAGAAUAUGUCGUCUCUCCCGCCUCUAAUCCAAACAAACACGACAUCAGAAUUAUUCCUGGAAGACAGAGAGAUUCCGUGCCCUUUAAUGCUCGUCCGUUUGAUGGCUAUCUAGAGCUUACUGCCUUGUACCAGGCGGUUGUGAACAAUGCGUCUAAAACUCUAAAAACACUAAUGCAAGAAAGUUAUGAUGGCUACUCCUUCACUGAUUGUACCGAAAAGUGCCUUUCGACCAUUUACACCGCACCAAUGGGUUUUACGGGCGAUGACCGAUACACCUGGAUUUUUUUCAUCCGUCAGCUUACAGGCGAAUACAGUCAUACCCUUGAUCUGCAUUUAUUAAUUGAUCACUCAGGUGCAGAUGUAAAAAAAUGGAAAAUCCUGCAAGUUAUUUACAACAACCAAACUUUUGAUUCUGUUGAUGAGUUAGUCGACGAAUACAAGAAAGGCACUAUACGCAAAAUCAAGAUACCUUCACCUGUCGGAAAAGGCCCACUAUUUUCAAGCUAUGAACGCAGAGGAGACCCACAACCAGUCAAGCCUAUGCGAGGCCCUGAAUUGUAUGAGCCUGACGGAAAACGGUACACUGUCAACGGACGCCACGUUAACUACAUGUCUUGGUCCUUUGAUUUCAGAAUGGACUCUAACAGUGGCAUGCAAAUAUACGACAUAAAAUUCAACGGAGAAAGAAUCAUCUAUGAAAUAAGCCUUCAGGAAGCUGCAGCCACUUAUGCAGGUUACUAUCCAAACCCUUCUUGGAACAAUUUCCUCGAUGGCAGCUGGAGAAUGGGGAUGAGCAGCUUUGAGUUGGUGCGAGGCGUGGAUUGCCCAGAUUCUGCCACUUUCUUUGACCUAGUGCACAUGAGCGGUGCAGAUAUUCCGCUGACAUUUCAUAACGCUGUCUGCGUGUUUGAGUUGAACACUGGAAUGCCCCUGCGACGACAUUAUGAUAACAAUUUUAUGGGAGGAUACCGCUUCUAUGGUGGAAUGGCUGAUCAAGUGCUCGUUUUACGCUCAAUAUCCACUGUGUACAACUACGAUUACGUAUUCGAUUUCAUUUUUUACCAAAACGGUGUCAUAGAAGCCAAGGUUUCAGCAUCUGGUUAUAUCUUCGGUUCAUUCUAUGACUCUAACGCUGAGCCAUACGGGUAUAAGCUUUAUGAACAUUUCUUUAGUGGCACACACGAUCACCUGAUCAACUACAAGGUUGACUUAGACGUCGGUGGAAGAAAGAACUCUUAUGAGACAGUUGAGAUCGGAAUAGAAAACAUCACAGAGCGGUGGUUUCCUAACAAACGCCGUGUCCAAAAGGUCCUAAAGCGCAGGGUCAAAAACACAGAGUUAGACGCCGCUUAUAAGUUUAACUUUGAUACUCCAAAAUAUCUGAAUUUCUUUAAUGAUGCGGAGAAGAACAGGGUGGGCGUGAAGAAGGGGUAUCGCAUACAACUGGGAGGAAUACUGAAACAAUUGUAUCCUGAAGACUGGAUGAUGGUACCCAUGAUGAGUUGGUCUCUUUACCAAAUGGCUGUCACUAAAUAUAAAGAAAAUGAGACGCAGAGCAGCUCCAUCUACAACCAGAACGCCCCUGCAGAUCCACAGGUCAGUGAAGGGAAUUGGAAGAGUGAGUAAGGCAGUAGCUUAUCAUCCUUGAGGGUGUAUGUUCAGUAGUCUCAGACGACGCCUGGGUCACACAGUAAAAGAACAUAACUUAGCUGUAAACUUUUUCUUACGCUUCGUGCAAACGAAAGCACCAACUCCCAACAUUGUUGCGCCAACAAUGUUGCGUGUUGUUGCUUUCGUGUUGCAGUGGUGUGCAAACGGAUGUAACAACUCCCAACAACAGGCAACAACAUACAACAGAAGUGCGAAUGGACGCAACAUGUAACAUCUAGCCUGAUGCUGGGUUUUGUUGGCCAGCAAUGCUGCGUCCGUUUGUACGGGGCUCUCAGAAUGAAGAUGAUGUGAACCGCGGGUGUUAGAGAACACAGCAAGUUAUCUAGAAAUAGACUAAAAGUCUUACGCGCCGUGACGUUACGUUGUGAUGGGUUUAUUAUUUCUUAUAACCUUUAACGUGAUUUGAUUCUCGCCAUCAUCAUUUAUUCUUCCGAAAACAUUUUGUUAAUCUCUUGCUCAAUGGAAAGUUUGGUUUAUAUAAUAUAUAUAUAUAUUUUUUCAAUCCCCACAGGUGGAUUUCCGUCAGUACCUUCUGGAUAACGAUUCCAUCUUGAAUGAGGAUCUAGUUGCCUGGGUAACCGUGGGUAUGAUGCAUGUGCCACAUUCAGAAGAUCUUCCUAACACGGCGACAGCUGCUAACUCGGUUAACUUCUUCAUUAGACCUUUCAAUUACUUUGAUGAAGAUCCUUCCAUUGGAUCCACUAAUGCCGUGCUGAUCACGCCUACCACACAAGGUGGUCAAAAGGUGGAGCGUUAUGGUACCGCAGAUGGUCCCCAGUGUGUACCCAAAGAAAACAAACUCGAUUUUAACGGCCGCUAUAUUCCUUAG